AUGACAAUCACGGAAACAAUGACCAUAACACUAUUGAACAAAGAGAAUCUGCUAAUUGAGUACUCAAGGAAUGUCGCCGAUAAAUCGACGACCCACAACGAUGACGUACUGAGCAAUGUGCGCGACGCGCGUUACUUCGCAGAAAAGACGACGCUUGCUGCAAUCCUCGAUAUUGCAAUGGAGCGUGGCGAUGGUGGGCGGUCGAAGGUUUGGCGAUCAGUGCUUCUUGCAACAGAUGAUAACAAUAAGCGAUUCAUAAACCAAGUAGUUGGGCAUCCAUCCGUGCUGGUGAUUUAA